AUGACCGACCUGGACAUUACAAACCACUAUGAUUUACCAUCUCCCUAUCCCGAAGAAUGGCCGGCCGAGCUCGACGAGAGUGAUGAGUCGGAAGAUGAAGUUCUUCAACGGUCACAAUCCCGGAAAUCCCGAUACUUUGCGUUGCAGCGCACCAAUAGCGACCGGAAAGGCGUGAAUCUGGGAUCUCAGAAAGGCAGGGAAAAUUUGGUCCAGAAGGAUGAACCCGAUCCUUUGGGGUCAGGGGACAGUGUGCUCCGGAUCCUGAAACAAAGAGGGCUGUCUCUGGAUGAGGAGAGCCGGUUGCGAAAUCGAUUCUUGCUCUCGUCCACUUCAUUCUCGCCGGCCCUCUUUCUGUCGCAGGCUCAUUCGAAUGCAUCAAUCAAGUCACUCCUCGAUGGUCUCGCUUACCUUUCGCAAUCUAUCGACCAGAAAUCGGCCUCCUUGAAAGUGCUCGUCGAAGCUAAUUUCGAACGGUUCGUUCGCGCCAAGGCAACCAUCGAUAGUGUAUACACAGAGAUGAGAACUCAAGGGGCCGAACAGGACCCAUCGAUCUCUCAAGCGCGUCGCAGAUCCGCUCAACAUUUUAGGACUCAUUCGGCAACCCGAGACAUCUCCCCCGCAUUGGCCUUGGGUGGGGCGCCUGGAAAGAAUGCACUUACGAAAGAGAGUGAAUACGGCAUGAGAGGCAUACGUGCUCCUCUUCUAGAGGCCUCUCUUAAGGCGGAGGAAGUAUGGGGACCGGCAUUGGGAGGGCGCGAGAGAGAGCAAAUGUUAAAGUCAGUGGUUGAUACAAUGGAGAAACACCGGGAUGUUUAUGAAAUAGGCGGACAGCUUUCCAAGUCCAUUAAGCAGAGGGAUUAUGAAUCGGUGUUCGAGCAGUAUACCAAAGCACGAACGCUUGCGAACAGCGCCAAAAAUAUCGCAGAUGCAGCAGCCAGCAACCGCCGGCCAUUAACCGAUGAAGAAACACAUACUAUUCUGGCUAUGGGUAGGAUGUGGAUGGAUGUUGAUCAACAAGUCCAAGCAUUCAAACGUGACCUUUGGAGACGUCUGGGCGAUGCACCUACCACAUCUACAACAAUUACAGCAUCUGGGCCUGUUGAGGAGCACAUGGAGCUGAUUGGUGCUUUGCUUGAGCUUGGUGUGGAAGACAAUCCUAUCUGGGUCUGGCUCUUAAGUCGUUAUGAUUUUCUCAAAACAAAGAUCACUUUGUUCUGUGAGCGUUGUAAAACAGAAAUCGAAAUUCUUAGGCGCAGGCUUGCCAGCGGCGAGAAGCCGACUCCCCAAGAGGUGGCAUCAUAUCUCAAGUUAGCACCACGCGAGCCUCCAACCGACGCGCAAGAAACGACACUAGAUACCGAUCAAGUUAUUGAACUUUGGGAGUGCGUUCACACAUAUUUGAACAGACUCUUGUCAUCACAGGGGGGUCUUUUGGGCGAAGUCUUAGACUUUUGGGAGGUGGCUCAGUCUUUCAUCGACGGCAGCAAGCAAAGGCUUCUUCCAGCUGGGUUUGAGGGCGAGAGCCGCAAGCACCAUAAGCUCACUGUCAACAACACAAGGGAUUUGCAAAAUGGCGUUGUUGAGCUCGUCAAUCUGAUCCGCGAGAGUGUGCUGUCAUUGUUUGCCGAUCCUCCAACGGAAGAUGUGUCUCUUCUCUCCUCCCCAAUAUCACCGUCAACCCCAAGUAGUCCGAUAAACCUGGGUGGUGUUACUCCCACAGAAUCCCGGUUUAAGCUUGAUCCAAAGAACAUGCCAUUCCCGACUCCCAAACGUGGGGAACACUGGGAGGAGUAUGCAUUCUGGCCGCCCUUUUCUACCUCGCUCAGUGGAGUCCACUAUCUCGGAAAAUUCUUGGUUAUCAUUGGCACAGCUGCCAGUGAAAUGGCCGCAUUGAGCCCAGUAUCAAGCAGUGGCAACACUCAUGAUCUUCUCAAGGCACUUGUAAGCGUCACUCGCGAUCGCUCCGUCCGUGUAGCCUGCGCUGCUUGGGGAAAGGACGCGGAAAAUUGCAAGAUGCUGGAAGAUUGGACGAGAGAUCCGGAAAAAAGAGAUUUGACCAAGAUGCCAGGUCUAUUUGUGGCUUUUGAAAGUGCUAUUCUCGGUGAAAUACAAAAGAUUCUUUACAUCUCAGAAGCCAUGGUGAAAUCUGGUGCUGUGGAUGUUGUCACUCAACCCCCUGCGAAGCUACUUCAAAUGGUGCGGACGCAAUUUGUCUCAAGUGUUUAUAAGGCACUUAGCGGUUUGGUCGAAAAUGCAGAACGCCCGGCGGUUCCUGAGGAAGAUAAUGAAUGGGCUGCUGUUGUUGGGCCGACGUCGACUCUUCACGACACAGUUCUUACUGCCGAUGUCGUAGAUGCUAAAAACAGGAAUGUGCGCAUACUUCUCACACUUUCCAACAUCAAAGCUCUGCAAGCCGAUUUCGUUCCGCAGCUGAUUGCAAACUUCGAAACUUCAUUUUCUGUGAAAUUGAGUGAGGAGGCCAAGACAAUCCGCGAUGUUCUCAAUCAAAUUGAUGACCGCCUGUUCAAAUCAUACACCAAGCCGACUAUAGCGACACUGAAUACUAUAAUCUUUGAUGGCAUCGGUGCCGCUGAUUGGGUUCCGACAACCACUCGACCUGAUCAGGUCCGCCCUUACGUGUACAAUACCAUGCUGACGCUUGUACUCGUCCACACGGAGAUUUCCACGACAAUUCCCUCGACAUCCUCUCCAAGCUCGAACCGCUCGUCUCCCACCGCACCAUCACCGUUGUUGAACACUAUCCUCACCCAUCUCCUAGUGCAGGCUUCCUCCUCUCUUCUGGCUGCAUUUAGCUCCCGGGCCUCAUAUUCGCUGGCCGCCUUGAUGCAGGCUACUCUUGACACCGAAUUCAUUGCGCAGACAAUGUCACAGUACUCGGUAGAAGAAGCUUCGGCAUUGCAAAGUCAGAUUUAUGUAGAGUUGGACCAACGCACCACACACGAGGCGCGGGCCAAACUUCAAGCAGAGCUUGGUGAGAUGAGGGGGGUCUUGAAGAAGCUGAGAGAGAGGACAAAGGGAGAGUUUGCCUGUUUCAGAAAACCUAGGAGUGGGACAGGGGCCAGAUAG